AUGGCUAAGUCUGUAACUACAUAUGAAAAACCUUUACCACAUAUAAGUUUAGCAGAUUGGUAUGCUAGACAAUGGAAACUUCAGCAAAAUGCAGCUUUCAGAAGUGCAGAAGCAUUUGAAUUAAGAAAUACUGGAAAAAUUGUUUGUUCAGAAACAAUGGUAAAAACCAUAUGGGACACAUACAUGAAUAAUACCCGUCUUGCAGAUAGGGUAACAGAAUUAUCACGUUGGAGAGAAUUGUUUAAGAGUUUGUUAGCUAAAUUAAUUGCAGAGAUAAAGUUCUUACAAGAUGAAAAAGCAGACACGGAGCAAGAAUUAGACAUUUUAAAUUAUCCAUUACAGUUAACAGCAGAAUGUAUAUCUAUGAGAGAUUGUCGUAGAGGAACAGAACUUACAUAUGAUGAAGCUGAUACAGAAUUGAAAAGAGAACUUUGUGCCAUUGAAAAUGUUAAAAAAUCACUAACUGAUAGAGUACAAGCUGCCUGGGAAAAAUUAAAUCGUUUAGAAGAAGUUAAAUUUACAAUACAAUUAGAAGUAGAAGAUAAAGAUGAAACCAUUAAAAUAGAGAAAGAAAAUCUUAAUUUAGAUCGAACAUGUGCAAAUAUUAGCUAUAAACCAAAUGCAUUAAGAACUCCAAAAGGUUCAAUAUCAUAUGAAGCAUGGUUGGAACACUGCCGUUAUACUAAAACUUUUGCUGAUAACGAAUUAAGCGAUGUAUUUAGUUUCCGAGAAACUAUGAAUGUAAUGCGUGAACGUGCUAGAAACGAUAUUAAGGCUCAGCAAGACGUAACAGAUUUUAGUUUACGAAAACGUAUCUAUCAGACGCAAAAAGCUAGAAAUGAAUUAGAGUGGCAAAAACUUAAGAUACAAAAAGAAAUGGAAAUUUUGCAAAAAGAAAUUGUAAAAUUAGAAGGAGCAUUAUUACAUAAAAUUGAUUCAAUAAAAUGUGCAGAAACAAGAUUAGAAAAUCGUACUUAUCGUCCUGGUUUUGAACUUUGUUAUGAUGAAACUGAAUUAGGUUUGAAAGAUGAAGUUUUACACUUGCGUCAAACUGAAAAAGACUUAACAAAAGUUUUGGAUAAUUCAAAAGGAGCAUAUAAUAAUUUGGAAAGUUUACUUUUGCAAGUUGAUAGAAAUCUAGAUGAUAAACAACAUUCUUUAGCAACAGAUGUGAUGUGUUUAGAUAUGAGAGCAACGUUGAAAACGGGUGACAGAACGCGAUUACGAAACGAAACGGAUCGUAACAUAGUUCUUACACGUAUGGAGAAAGAGAUACCACUGGAAUCAAGAAUAAAUUAAAAUGUUUAUAUCAAUUUUGUAAGAA